AUGUCACAACAUAGAUACAAUGGCAAACACAGACAAAAUCACGAGGUACAGUCUCAUGAUUUGGUAAUAGAAGAACCAGAACCAAGAAGAUAUUCAAGAACUACUGAAGUUUCAAUGCCAAUGGACACAGAUGUUCUUCAAGAUGACAUAUACAAUUAUCAGUGUAACUUUUUGCAACACAGGCUGCUGUAUAUGAAUUUCAUUGACUCAAUAUCAGAAGGUGAUGGGGAUAGAAUCAUGUUGUGCUGGAAAUUUCUUCUCUUAAAUUUUUAUGCUGACAAAGGAAGCACAAAGUAUGCUCUGGAAGCAUUGUUCUUACAGUUUCAGCAACAUGCUCUGUUGACGCCAAGGCAAGCUUACAGACAGAGAUGGAACAGAGGUAACAACAAGGGGGAUAAAGGUAAAAAUGUACCUCUUGACCUUGAAAUUGAACAUAACAACAAUAUGUUGAAGGAAGCUGUAAGAAAGAUGCGAUCAAAUGUAUCUUUUAAUGCUGUUAACCGGGCGGCAAAAAUGGUGAAAAUCGCCGCUGAAACUGUUGACAAAGUUGCUCAUGAAUGUGAAAUAAUGAAGCGAUCAUGGAAACAUUUUACGAAAUGCACCAAAAGUGAUUUGGAAAAGGUUGUACAAGUGUUGCUUAAACAGGAUGCGUUAGUUGAAAUACCUGGUAGAAGUUACCGACAUUUUGAAAAUUUCAAGAGAUCUCAUGUAAUUGAUAAGUUAAGUGGGUUAUGUAAAUGGAUAAACAAGCACAAGCAUGGAAUGGAAAUGCAUUCGAAGGCUAGAUAA